AUGCUUGCUAACAAUAAUCCUCCAAAUCCUGAAAAAAAGAGAUCAGGAGGCAAAUCACAAAUCUCUAACAAUAUGCCCAACCAUAAACCACCAUUAGAAAUAACCACUUCUGCACCAUUAUCAGUGACAAGUAUCAACGAAAAAAUAAUCAAAGGAUCCCCAACAACAAUGGACACAACGCCGCCAUUUUGUGCUGAUUUAUUAAAUAAAGAAAGAACUACCACCUAUAACAAUAGAAGCAUUAGAAGCACUAGUAAUACCAGAAACAAUAGUAACAGUAGUAUCAGCGCCGGCAGUGUCACUGCUAGAAGGGGAAGAAGAAGAAGAAGCUCUAUUGGCGCCAGUCUUGCUCCUACCAUUAUUACUCCCAAUACCAAACUUCACACCACAGAACAAUUGAUCAAUGAUAUGGAGAAUGAACAAGAUCAUAUAGUUGUCAAUUUACUAAGAGAAAUCGAAAAUUUAAAACUAGAAAAUUCAGAACUAAGAGCAAAAUUGAAAAAUUUUUACCUUUGCAAUGGCGCUACUAUUCCACUGGAUGCUGGUGUUGUAAACCACUCCAAUUAUCAUUUCUAUUACAGCUCUCCUUAUACUUCACCUGUACACUCCAGAAGACCCAGCAGCAGUAAUGCUAGCAUCAACAGUAGUUCCUUUAACUUCAAUGGCAACAACAAUACAAAUGCAGAUGCCUUAAAUACAAAUAAUCAAAGCUCUAAAAUCGGUAGUUUUAGUUCGAAUGGUUGUACUGCUAACACCAGUCGAAGCAAUAGUGUGGUUAGCAAUAACAGUAACUUUUUUCUCUUAGAUACACCAGCCAGUAGCAACCACGCUCACAGCACUACUAGCAGUACAACUUCUGCCAGCAAUAAUCUAUAUGUUGGUUAUAAUGCUAAUGGUGGCAGUGCCAAUGGCAUGAAAUUUUCAAACACAAAUUCUGCCAAUAUCAAUACAUUUUAUUCUCCUAACCCUGGGGCUAGUACUUUAAAUAACAUCAAUGGCAGUUCGUGCUUACAUAGAAAGAGGCAUUCGAUUGCAUGUAUUCACGCUAAAGAAAAAUAA